GGACACGCAGCUGACGGUGCCGCGCUGCCUUCGAGUCGCCUAGCCGAGCCACCGGGGCCGAGCGCGCCCAGCAACCCGCGCCUCCCGGUUCGCACCGCAGCCCGCGGGGUAGAGAAAGAGCCGCCCGCGCCCAGAGCGCUCCGUCAGUCCCAGCAAAGUCCCCCAUCGCCCGCGCUGGGCAGGGCACCAAACCCCCGGAUACCAUGGUCUGCAAGACUCUCUUCGCUCUUUGCAUCUUCACCGCAGGACUGAGGGUUCAGAGUUUGCCUACAUCGGCCCCCUUGCCUGUUUCUCUUCCAUUGAAAGUGACUCCACCGCUCACCAUCUGGACUGCCUCUCCACAAAACAGCAGUGCGGUCACUGCCCCCCAAGCCAGCAGCCCUCAUGGCAACUCAGACCUCCCAGUUACAGCCUCAGUCCCCACCUCCACACUUCCCAAGAACAUUUCCUCUGAGCCCAGAGAAGAAGCAGUCACCAGCACAGCCUCAAAAUGGGAAGGCACAACCCCAGACUCCUCACCUCCCGAGCUCUCUACACCAAGCAGUGGAAACCACUCGCUGCCUGUCUCUGAGGGACCCAGCUGGGGCACUCCUCAAACAAGUGUGCUGACCACGGAGUCACGGUCCUCUGCUGAAUCUUCCGCAGCCAGCUCCCCUCACACUCCGGCCUCAUCGCCUGCAUCCCCAUCAACCUCACCUCCUGAGAUUCCUCCUGCCUCUGUCACCGUGGACCACAGCUCCACCGUGACCAUCCCCCAGCCCACUGGAGCUCCAACUACACCAGAGUCCCCUACAGAGGAGCACGGCUCUGGCCAUGCACCCACUCCACAGCCCACAGCAGAGCCAGUGCCCCAGGAGGGUACACCCCAAGAAACUGAGUCAGGCAUGGUGAUGUGUGAGUUUGAGACCACCACUCCUUUUGUGAUUAUGCGAGAAGUGGAACAUGCCUUGAGUUCAGGCAGCAUCGCCGCCAUUACUGUGACUGUCAUUGCCGUGGUGUUGUUGGUGUUUGGAGUGGCCGCGUACCUGAAGAUCAGGCAUUCCUCUUACGGAAGGCUUCUGGACGACCACGAUUACGGAUCCUGGGGGAACUACAACAACCCUUUGUACGACGACUCCUAACAGAGGACCUGGCCCAGGACACGGAGUAACUGUGCUUUAUUUAUAAGUGCUUACCCAGUAGAAUUAAUGAGUACCUGACACGCAUUGAACGACAAUCUUAAGCCCUGUUUUGUUGGUAUGGUUGUUUUUGUUUCCUUCCCUCUCCUCUGGCUGCUACAACUUCCCCUUUCUGGUACCAAAAAAAAAAAAAAUACCUUUAUUUCAAGGUGAGUGGAGGCUGAUUUGGGCCAACCUUGUACCAGCCAGGCCAGAGCACGCCUCUUCAGCUCCCACUGCAGAGACUGACUUUGAGAAGGACUGAGGACGAGGGAUUGGGUUGCUUUGUUGGGCAUUACUUUUAAGGGAACUUUUUGUUUGUGGUGUUUUUUAAACUUCUACAUAAGAAAUGACAUGAAAUAUUAAUGAGGGGAAAGGAACUAAGUCUUGGAGGAUUUCACGUGAGGAAGCAGGAGGUUCUUAGAGUCCUCUUUAAUCUCUGUUCAUCUGGUUGUAACUCACAGGAUAGCUGCGUGGCUCUGCAGCUGAAUUCCAGCUUCUUAGCUGCCUAAUUAAUGAAAGAUGAAAAUGGGAGGUGCCCUGGAGGAAGCCAGCAGGGCAAGGGGCUGAGGAGCAAGUUACUGUCAGGUCUCCACAUGUCUUCUACCUGUUCCCCCCUCCAGGCUGCCUGGAUGCCCUUUGUGUUCAAAGGCAGCUGUGAGCCACGCCCACAAGCUUGCAGCAGAGCUGCACAUCCAAAGGGAAGCUAUGAGAAGAGCUGAGCUCUGGGAGACAAAGGGAGCAGCAUGUGAAGUGAACACCCAGUGGGGAAGGCAUGGAGGCUGGAGGGAGGGGAGGAAGUGCACCUGCACUGAGAACCUCAUUAGGCCAGUGGGAAUCAGCCCUCAGUCACUGUCAGAGACAUUCAUGGCUUAGAAAAGUCCAUACGAUCCUUGCUUUGUACCACCCAAGUGUCUGGUUCAUUGCCUUACUGUUGAUUGGAUCAUGGCUGUAAACUGUUGAAAGAGAGAGAGAAAGACACCAGACUCUCUGUAAUUACUUAGCAGGACAUUUCCAUAGGAAAUAAACACCAGGAUUAGUCCGCC